AUGGUCUCAGACAGGCUUUGUGGAAGAAUUCUUCUCAAACAAGCAGGGCUUUCAGAGUUUCAAAGGGAGCUCAUCAUGCUACGUGGUCCUGUCCUUCGAGGUUUCGACGAAACAGCUGCUCUACUACGUCCCUUGGACCGUCCAGAAGCCUUAGUCAAGGGCAACGAGGGUGGUCACAGCAAACAUUUUUUUGCAGAGGGCCAGGCUUCGGAAGGCGAAGAGGAAGACUCGUCGGAAGGUUCCGAGGCGUUGGAAGAUGAAGCGGGCAACUUGCUGUUCGACAUGGAGGACCGGGAGUAUGAUGAAAGUGAAGCUCUUGCAGUGUAUGCGUAUCACAAUGCCUAUCGAGAUGUUACACUCGAAGAGACAAAUCUCGUGAAGAUGGCCCAAGAAGAAGUUCGCAAAGCCGGCCCCGAAUGGACCGCAGCAGAGGAAGGCCUGGAUCAAUGCAUCUGCAUCGAUCCAAAGGCCGUGGCAAAGGCAAGCGAGGCACAGAAAGAUUGCCCCUUGAAGAAGAAUCCGGCAAGCGGCGGCGGUCCAGCCAGUUCACCUUCAAAGAAGGGGCUCAUCGUUGUCGGUGGUGGUGGCGGGCAAUCACAUGCCUACAUGAUGCGAGUUCCCAGAACCAUUCAAGUGUAUGCUGGCAUAUCCUGUCGAGCUUCAGAAGCGCUUGUGGACACCGCGGCAGAAGAUGCUGUGAUAGGAGAGAAUGCCAUGCAAAGACUGAGACAAUCCUUAAGAGAACUGGGGUUGCAAGUUCUGCCUGUGGAAGCAGGCGCCGCGAUGCCCGGAGCCGGCGGCAUAGGUGGGCCAGCGCAGGUGUUGGGGCUUUUUGAAGUUCCCAUCGGUGUUGCGCAAGUGAACGGGGUUCUACGGUUCACAGUGUUGAAGGAUUCAGAGAGCGAGAUUCCGCCACUGCUCCCCAUCAAGUAUCUGGAGUCAGUUGGUGCCAUUCUCGACUUUGCCCAUGAUAUGUACACAACCCGCUUUGGCCCCGAAACCACAAUGCGCCGCCUCCCCACAGGACACAGAGCUGUCAACAUCCUCGACUUUGACAAGGAAGGAUGGAAUCUUCCAGUUCAUCUGCGUAAGGACCCAGCAGUAGAUCCUUUCAUUCUGUUGGAGGGUGCCCAGUUCAUGCAGCAGACGAAGCAGCAGGUGUUGGUUUGGCUUGCGCGCAAUGAUCAACUUGAAUAUGUUCAAACACUGGUUGGUCCCAAAAGUUCUUUGGUACUUCCCGAGGAAUGCCACCUAGAUCCCGACACCCUGCAGCCAACACGCACCACUCACCUGACGGAGGCCGAUGAAAACGGCCACAGCUUCGUUUUGCAUGAUCGUUGGGACGUGCCUUGGUCACAUCAAAACAGACCGCCAUGGCAUGGGAGUGUGGUGUUUCACGCGCUUGAUGGACUAGAAUUCGAACGAGCCUCAGCACUCCUGAAGGGAGCAGGGGCAGAAGAGGGUGCCAAACCCAAGCCAGCGUUCGACAGGGUGUUGGCCUGGAAGCGCUUGACCCUGGGCAUUUUCAUGAUCUUGGCGAACAUUCGCCACGAGAUGCUCAUGGAGUUUAUCGAGAACAAGAAGAAACGGUUCGACGAGAAGGCGCUGGUGCUCCUCUCAACCAGCCAGAGCUCCAAAGGCAAGAAGAGUUUCUCCGAGACUCAGCUGAGGAUGGGCAUCGGCAAACAGCUGAGCCGUUCGAUGGCUCAAAAGAACUGGAACAGUCCAAUGGAGGAUUGUGCCCAUCCAGCCGAACAUCUUCGCCAUCGAGCCGGCCGGGGACAGUACUGGUUCACCUGCCUCCAAUGCGGGAGCAGGUGGGAGCGCCUGGAAGAGAACUCCGGAAGCUCCAGCAGCACGACGUUUGUCAAUUCGCCCAAGAAUCCAGAGGUGGCCUAUCCGAAAGUGAUUCCGGCGCCCCGUGGACAACCUCAAGUACAAGAUCGCCAGGUGACGGUGAAGACGAAGGGCGGAUAUGGAGCUCAAAAGUGCAAGCUGGAGCAAAAGGAGGCAUCGCAGUCGAGAACCAGAGCUUUGGCGGGCACAGUGCCAAUGGGGCGAAGCAAGACUCCAACGUGUGCAAGGUCGGAGUUGACGAGCAGCCCAGAGUUCUUGGUGAUCCAUUCCGACGAGGAUCAGGAUGUAUCCAUGGCGCAGCGCCGAGCUUCCAGCUUGGCUCAGUGGGCGGUGUUCCUUCUUUGCUCUUUUGUGAACGCUGCUCCAUUCACUGGAAUUCCUCCAGUGACAAUCCCUUGGCUUGGAGAGCCAACUCACUUUCUUCUGAUGAGUCAGCCAGAGUUUGAAUUCAAUCAAUGUGAGUCCUUGAAUUGGCAAUCUUGUCAGGACUGUUCCAAGUAUGCCGGCACAGAGCACUUUGCCUCUUGUUGGGCAUUUUGCCCAAACGAAAGCAACAAAUGGUGGGGCCAGGAGGACAGCGAUGUGAUCCACAAAGAAGCCUCACUCACCAAGGUGGUGAAACAGCAGUUGAGCCACAACAUCAAAACAUAUGUUUGCAAAAGCGAGUCGGUCGUGGAAGUGUUCAGCCCACCAAGGAUGUCCAAGGAGGCCCGGAACUAUGGCGUCGAGAGCGGCGGAGCCUUCGACCUCACCGAAGGCUACGAUUUCAGGCGGGCCGCUGAUCGACAGUUUGUGGUGGACAUCAUCCGCGUAAAGAAGCCAGCUUUGGUGAUUUUGUCACCGUCAUGCACUGAGAGCUCAGUGUCAUGCUCUCUCUCCAACUUUCCACGAGAUCCAGACAAAGUUCGAGCAGAAGAAGAGGAGACACAACAGCUGACAGAGUUUGCGGUGCAGGUGGCAAUGUUGCAGCUGGAGGCCGGUCGAGGCUUCCUGUUUGCGCACGCCCCUGCAGCGACCUCGUGGGAACUCCCAGCUCUACAAAGACUACUCUCGAGGCCAGAAGUUCAAACCGUCGCGGUCGAUAUGUCUGUCUUCCAAUUUCAACCAGCCGAGAGAGAAGCAGAAAGUAAGCGCGCCCAGUUGAGUACAAACCUCCACUUCCUGGCAAAAGCUUUGAGACGGCGUUGUUCCAGGCCACACGAACAUCGACCAAUACUUGGAGGUCAACUGUGUGGUGAGGCCGCAAUGCAACCGCGGGCUUUCGGCCGUGCAGUCUUGGCGGGUCUACGUCGUCGCUUACAGAACCGAGGUGUGUUCUUCUACGGCAAGGUCGCUGCAGACGAGCACGGACCGCCUCAGGGAGCGCGAAGCUUGGCCAUGCACUUAGGUCAAGCCUUGGCUCCGGGAGUUUUCGACUACGUUGUGGACGAGAUCAGCUUUCAGGGCGAGUGGGCGAAAGUGUUCGCAGUGCAGUCCGAGAAUUUUGGGUCCGGGGGUGGCGAGAUCGAGCUCUCAUCGAGACGGCCCGAGAUGGAAUACGCGGACGCACUGCCCAUGUGCUCGGCAAACAGAUCUUCCACAGCUUUGUCAACAUGGAACCAGGUUUUAGAGAUCCGGUGCUGCGUCGAGCGCAACGAGAACUCCGACCUCUGGGCGAAGGACCCGAAGCACAACAAAGAGCCUCUGAAAUUCGAGGGGAUCACAAUCCCCAACUGGCUCCAGAUCUGCGGCGGGAGUUGUACAGGAGCUCGAGAAGAGGUCAUUAGUUGGGCGAAAACAAGCUUUCGCUGUCCACUCUGUGAGGGCCAGAGGAAACCAAGUGCUCCGAGACCAGGACAUCUCGCAAGGGCUCUUGAAUUCAACAUGGUCGUCGGCGUGGACACCUUCUUUCUCAACCACCUGGGGAAGACGCACAACUUUCUCAACUGCGUAUGUUGGGGAUCUGGGUUGCAGGUCGUAGAGGAGAUCUCAGAGGUUACCGCGACUACCACCUUUGAGACCUUUGGACGUUGUUGGUUGAAGCCAUAUGGAUGUCCCAUCAUCUUAGUGGUGGACCAGGGGCCAGAAUACUUUGGCAAGGCCUUUCAGCAUCACUUGAGUGCGAUGGGCAUCAUGAUACAUUUUACCGACGCCCGCAGUCCGUGGCAAGCUGCCAAGACAGAGCGCAUGGGUGGCGUUUUCAAGUCCAAACUCCGUGUAGUAUUGGAGGAGGUCCAAGCUACCACGGACAUCGAGUUCAACCAGUGCGUGACGGAGACGCAGGUGGCCAGGAAUAGAUACUACCACAGGAGCGGGUUCACGCCGUAUCAGCGAGUCUUUGAUUACAAUCCCCGCCUUCCAGCUUCGCUAGCAGCAGACGACAUCAUGUCUCCCAUACUUGUGCAUCAGAGCGCGAGUGAGCCCAUCAAGCAGGCCUGGAAGAUCAGGGAAGCAGCGGCUGCAGCGUGGCUACGACGAAUCGACGAAGAGACCGUCAAGAGAGGCCUGGCCACCACUACCAGAACAUCAGACAUCAAGAACCUCAAUGUGGGCGAAUGGGUAUACGUUUGGCGAAACACUCCGAACUUCAAGGGCUGGAGCGGUCCAGGAGUUCUGUUGGCAGAGAGUCCCAACGAGAGAUCGCUCUGGGUAUCUUUGCGAGGGCACUUAGUUAAAGUGUCACGAGAGCAGGUCAGGAGGGCGACAUCCGAGGAGAACUUGGGCGCUGAGCUGAUCAAAGAACUGUCUUCAGAAAUGUUGCGCGACAUCAAUGCGGGAAAGGUUCAAAGGUUCCAAGAUCUGCAAGGUGAAGGAGAACCUGACCACCAAGGAGAAGGUGUGGAGAUUCAGCUGUCUCCAAUCGUUGAAGAAGAUGAACCUGAAGCCAAUCAGUCGUCCGAGGUAGCCGCAGACAUUCCUGAAGAUGUUCAAGGCUACUCCCCCACCGACGUGGAGCCUAUGGAUGUGGAGGACGAAGGUGCGUUGCGAGAAAUCCUGGGUGCAGACGAGGAUGAGCGCAUGGAACAACCUCCACUGCCACCGCUGCUCCAAGGUGAAGAGGAUGAACUACUCCAGGCCCAGUCUGCAAGCACCAGAACGCCUGCUACGCCGGAAAGGACACCUACGCCAACCGCUACACCCAUGGAGAGUCGGAGACACAGCCUUCGAGUGGACGAGGGUAGCAGUGGAAGCAUUGCCUGGGGACCAAUCCGGGAAGCUCCCACGACAUCGUCAACUACCUCGAGCGCCAUGCCCUAUCCCUUCGCGAACGCUCCAAGGUCCUGGCCAGCGCCUUCAAGACCGUCCCACUACAUGGAAGUCGCGAGCUUCGAAGAGUCCAGAACACAACACACAUUCUGGGUGCAGGGGGACGGUGCCAUGUGGUACCAGGACAAACAAAGAGGUCGCAGUUCAUUGGCAGCUCUCGGGACAGAGACCUUCACAGCCACAGAAGCGGAAGCAUCGUACAGUGCUCAAGACAGGUGUGUGUACCUCACAAAGGCCAAAACCUCGCCGGGACAGGUGCAGUUCAACAAGCUGUCCGAGAAGCACAAAGAGGUGUUUCGCGCUUCUAGGCGAAAAGAGGUGAAGUCCUUGCUUGAAAACCAAGCCAUCAAGAUCUUGAGUGUCGAGGAAUCAAGGAAGUUCAGACAGAGUUUCCCCAAGUUCGUACUCCGAAGCCGCUAUGUUGAUCGUUGGAAACCUGAUGGAGACAAAUUCUCAGUGCUCCCCCAGGAGUUUGACAACCCCAACUUCGAUCCACAGCAUCAUGGAGGUCUGUCCGCAAAGAGCAGAUGGUGCAUCAUUGGAUGGGAGGAUCCGAUGAUUCACGAAGUGGAGAGGGCGGCGCCGAGUCAACCUUUAGCGGUGGAAAUGCCAACUGACGAGCCCUUUGAAGGCUACAGCGCCGAACAGUUGGUGCUGCUGUUGACAGAAGUCUACGGCCUUGUUUCCGGCCCAGCGUGGUGGAGGAGGAGUUUGCUGGAAGUCCUGGUUCGGGAGUUGAAGUACCGCGUCAAUCCAUAUGACAGAUGUGUGCUGACUUUGGAUGCGGAAGCCAAGAAUGCAGAGGCCCUGACCGAAGGCAUCAUUCUCAUAGAAGUGGAUGAUCUCUACGAGACCGGCUCGCAGAGACAACGCCGCAAUAUGGAAUGGUUGGCCUCAAAGCUACGUUUUGGCAAGUCCGUUAACCUCAGAGAGGAACACAACGGGACCAGCUACGCGGGAAAACGUCUGUGGCAAGGCAAAGACUUCAGCUACUACCUGACCAUGGACGACUACGUCCAGAACCGCCUCAAGCCGGUGAACUUCACUCGACAGCUGUGGAAGAAGGACUCCAUGGAAGUGCAGCUGAACGAUGCUGAGCAGGCGCAGUUGAGAGGCACCAUAGCUUCCAUAAACUGGGCAGCAAGAGAAGGCCGUCCGGACGCCUCGGCAGCAGCAUCGAUACUAGCUGCAGCUUUUCCCAAACCGCUUUUGCAUCAUGCUUUGGAAGCCAACAAAGUAGUCGCCAGGCUCAAAGCACACAGUGUGACCAUCAAAAUUCACUCACUUCCUGAAGCCGAUCUCAGACAUGUGCUAGUGAGCGACAGCGCGUUCGAUCCUAGCGGCAGAACGAAGCCACAGCAUGGAUGGAUUCUGGGAGUCACUACCCCAGACUUGAACCUGGGCAAAGAAGCACCCGUCUCUCUUUUGUCGUGGCGUUCAAGAAGGCUGCGAAGAAAGGCUGGAUCAACGAUGCUCAGUGAGUCCAUUUCCUUGGCCUCUGCACUGGGAAGUUUGGAAAGGCAAGUCGCUUUCUUCAAGAGCAUUCGGUUCUCGCGUUUCAACCCCAGAACCCUGGCAGAACGCGAAGAGGAACCAGAGUGCACACUGCGCGGCAAAGCCUCAGUGAUAGCAAGUGAAGAUGAGCUGUACACUGAUCCAGACAGCGUGUGCAUUGUAGACGCUAAAAGCCUCUAUGAUGCUUCCAACACAGAACAAGCUGUAGGGGAAGAUGACAGAUCCGCUUUGGAACUGGCAUUGAUCCAAGACUCAAUGUCAAAAGUCAGAGGUCUGGGAGACCAGAAGCCUACGUAUAAUGAUGACCACGUCUAUCCGGAGUUUAUCGUCAAGUAUGAGCGCAUCUUCUUCCACGAGCGCUUCGCGGCGGUCUACAAGGCCAUGCUCAUGCGCAGCAUCGCCGGGCGCUUCACUGGCCCGACUAAGGAGGAGAUCGACGUGCUGCAGUCCAUGUGGCAAGUGUAUUCCAUGCCCAACAAAGGCAAGAUCAGCAAGUCUCAGCUUCUUGAUCUGCUGCUGGCCAUCUAUCAGCCCCCAGACAACGAGGACGAAGACCUGGACCAGACCUUCAAGGAGUGGGACCGGAAAGGCAAUGGCAAGAUCGACUGGGACGACUUCCUUGCCGAGGUGACCCAGCGCGUGAAGGACAAGAUCUCCUGCUCAGGCCCCGAGCGCUUCGCUGAGGUGUACAGGCACAUGCUGGACCGCAAGCGCGCUGGACGGUUUGAUGGCCCGGAUGUGGGUGAGAGGGCGGUGAUGAGGAUGGUCUGGUACCAGUACUGCCAAAACCAACGAACGAUCGACAAGAUGCAGUUGCUGGACCUCCUCAAGGCCAUCAAGCAGCCGCCUGCCAACGAACACGAAGACUUGGAUGAGACCUUCAAGGAGAUCGACACGAAGAGAGACGGCGUCAUCGACUACGACGAGUUCCUGCAGGAGAUCGCGCAGCGUGUACAGGAUGGCAUCGAGUGCUGA